UGCUGUGGUGGGAUUCGAACCCAGGUCCCCAGAGGAUAACUCUGGAUCUCUGGAACACUGGUCUGGUGACAAUACUACUAUUCCACUGCCUCCCUUUGAUGGAAGAAGAGUUGGAGCCUCUACCAUCGCUAUCCAUAGCUCCAGGCUACAACAGGCUGGCUGCUUCCUCACUCGCCCCUGAAUGUUUGGGAUCAGGACCCUCUUGGGCCUCAGCGUAAUCGCAUCAUCGCGCGUCGUUGCUCGCGGCGCAGGACCGGGCAUCUCCCGGGCACUGGACUUCCUCUGCCCCAAACCGCAGUGGUGGCUCCUACCUGGGAAAAUGGAUCCCAACUGCUCAACUCUGGGCGAGAAACCAGUGAAAUUCCUUAGUCAGGAAGAGGCCCAAGCCAUUGACCAGGAGCUGUUCAACGAGUACAAAUUCAGCGUGGAUCAGCUGAUGGAGCUAGCGGGCCUAAGCUGUGCGUCGGCAAUUGCCAAGGCCUAUCCUCUGUCGUCGCUUCGGAAACAAACUCCCACCGUGUUGAUAUUGUGUGGACCUGGCAAUAAUGGUGGAGAUGGACUAGUGUGUGCAAGGCACCUCAAACUCUUUGGCUACGAACCCACCAUCUUCUACCCAAAGCGCCCAAGCAAACCCCUCUUCGAGGCCCUCACCACGCAGUGCCAGAAAAUGGACAUCCCCUUCCUGACGGAGUUCCCUUCAGAGGCACUCUUCAUCGACGAGGUGUACAACCUGAUUGUCGACGCUAUCUUUGGGUUCAGCUUCAAAGGGGAAGUGCGCGAGCCUUUUGCCGCCAUCUUGGGUACAUUGGAGGGGGUGACCAUCCCCAUCGCCAGUGUGGACAUCCCAUCAGGUUGGGAUGUAGAGAAGGGUGGCCCCGGUGGGAUCCAGCCCGACCUGCUCAUCUCCCUCACUGCGCCGAAGAAAGCCGCCGCCCACUUCCACGGGCGCUACCAUUACCUGGGCGGCCGCUUCGUACCGGCGGCGCUGGAGAAGAAAUACGGCCUGAACCUACCCCACUACCCUGGGACCGAGUGCGUCCGCCAGCUGCUGUAAUACCUCCAACACCCAUACAGGGGGCAGCGGCACCACCAGACAGCUGGUUGGAGGAUUCACCCCUCCCCUGCAUGAGCUGGGGUUGAACAGCCUCAUCUUCCCUCUCCCUCCUUGGCUCCCUCUCCCUCCUUGCUCCCUCUCUCUCUCUUCCCGUUCACUCCAGCUAUUAGUGGGAUUUUUGAUGCGGGGGUGGGUUUCAGGAGGGGGUGGUUUAUAAAACCUGUCUUUGGUUUGGCCUGGGGGCAGGAACCCAGGAUCCAGAGGGCAGCAUCAUCAGCGCGCCACAUUGAAUUAAAACAAACUCUUGCUUGGAAUCAAGGCUGUAAAGUGAAGCAGCACAGAAAGAGGCCAUUCAGCCCAUUGAGGCUGUGCUGGCCCUUUGAAAGAUCUUUCCAAGUAAUCCCACUCCCCCACCGCCCCCUGCUCUUUCCCCCCCAUAUCCCUGCAAACUGCUUCCCCUUCACGUAUUUAUCUGAUUCCCCCCGCCUUUUGAAAGUUCCUAUUGAAUCUGCUUCCACCGCCCUUUCAGGCAGCGCCUUCCAGAUCACAACAACUCUUCUAAACUCUUCUAACUCUUUUUUUAAAAAAAACUCUUCUCAUAGGAACAUAGGAGCAGGUAUGAGGCCAUUCAGCCCAUCGAGCCUGCUGCGCUUCAAUAUGAUCAUGGCUGAUCAUCCGCUUCAAAUGCCUUUUCCCCCCACGCUAUCCCCCAUAUCACUUUGUGUCUUUGGCAUUCGGGAGUCUGUCAAUCUCUACUUUAAACGUACUCAGUGGCUGAGUUCUUACAACCCUCUUGGGUAGAGAAUUGCAAAGAUUCACCACCCUUUGAGUAAAAAAACAAAAUUCCCCUCAUCUCGGUCCUAAGUGGUUUGAAAUUAUGCCCCUGGGUUCCAGACUCCCCAACCAGGGGGAAGCGUCUUACCUGCAUCCCUCCCCACCUCUGGUUCCCUUCCCGAUUCUCUUCAAUCUGUGUCCCCUCUGGUUACCGACCCUCCUGCCCAGUGGGAACAGUUUCUCCUUAUUUACUCUGUCCAAACCCCCUUCCUGAUUCCGAACGCCUCGAUUCAGUCUCCCCCUUAACCUUCUCCGCUCUAAGGAGAACGAUCCCAGCUUCUCCAGCCUCUUUCCCCGCCCCCCUCCCGAGUGACGUUCUUAAAUCUCGCCUGCGUGCCCUCGAAGGCUUUGAUUAUUUUAAAAGUGUGGCAGCGAGUGCCGGAGUUGGAUUUUGUUUUAAGCAGCUACUGGUAGGAAUAGACGAGCUGCCUGAGAUCUCUCAAAUGUGUUGCUGCCGGGUGGGAUGUAUUUUUAUAUAUAUAUAUAUAUAUAUAUAUAGCAAAGGGAUCCUCGCAAGGAGCCUGAAUGGGUGCUUUUGAUGGUGUUGCCCGGACGGUCGCAGGAAUUCUCCUAUAGCACCGGAGGCGGGUAUUCGAGAACGCGUUCCGGACACGCUCGCUUUCUUGCACAAGACUCGGGCUGAAUUUGACUGGCUACCAUACAAUAAAAGGAGUGAGUGAAACGGC